UUUUUGUUUUCAAGAGUAGGCGUUCGUGUUUUAGAUUUUCCGUAGAUUUGUAAUUUUGGCUGUUUUAUUUAUAUUUCUCGUUUAGUUUCAAGUAGUUGUCAAAAUUUAUAGAAUUAAAUUCCAAGAAUUACGCGUUGUAUUUACAAAUUAUAUGCGGCAUCAAAUAGUCCAAGUCGAAGGCCUUCAAUUUUCUCAUCAAUCUUUUGCCAUCAAUCUUUCUUUCUAAAUCCACCAACUGGUUGUGGAAUCAUUUCCAAAGAACUUCAGGAAUUUGCCACGCAAAUUGUUUUUAUAAGUUGUGCCACAUACCGCUCAUACGUAAUAAUAAUAAACCAACGUCCAUCAAAGUUGACACCAAUUUCUUUCCCUAUGUUUGAAGUUCAUCAUUGGUAAUAUGUUGAGCUGUGUUACGGGUGCUGCCAAAAAUGGUGGCACCCAAUUGAUUGAACCUGCGGAUGAUGAUGGCGGUGUCGGCGUGGUUGGCACCCCCGAUGCAGCAGAAGUUGCAUUUGUCAAAGAUGUCCAUGAAGCAGAGGUCACACCGAUUCCACCCUGCACCCCUAACACUCCAGCAAAUCAUCGAGAAGUUGGAGGUGGCACCGCACUAUCCAGGCAAUCCAGCAACCACGAUAACCAAUUUUUUUUUGAGGACGAGGUAUUUCGUAUAGAUCGCCAGGGGCGUGUCCAAUUUGGAGUGGUCACAGAGACCACCGAAUCGUAUUCAUCAGAUGACGAUGAUGACAGUGAUGACGCAUUGGGCAGUGGAGAGGUGCGAGUGGCAUUUUAUCCAGAUGGCAAGGAAAUUGUCCAGUCAGAACAGUCGAUUGGUCUGGCCGAUCGAACCUUGAUGCCUGGAGAUGUGGUACGUCGGCGUCGUCCAGGGCAAAAGGAUCUUGGUGGUCAAGCGGGAUAUGUACGUGAUGUGAAUGUGCGAGCUGAUGUUAAGGUACUUGGCAGCAAAUAUGUAUUGAAAAAUGUUCCAGCCGAGCGUUUGCGGCCCAUUUCUGAAUGGUCAAGAGAUGCGCCAGUUUGCUUUGGAACCUGGAUAGGGACUACUGUAAAUGUGAGUGAGGCUGCUGUCCUAAGAUGUAGCAAUGGAGCUCGACUGGAGAUCACUUCGAAUGAUUUUUAUAAGUUUAAAGAUGCCUAUACACAAUGCGCCCUAGAAGUCUUUAAUCCCAAUGUAUAUUAUCCUGGUAACAUAGUUGUCGGCCGCCUGCCACCUGUAGACCGUAUUAAGAAUCUGACUCCUGACAUUCCCCUUCCGACGAAUCGAAAGGGACGGGCAAUGUUUACUGUGGAAUCCACACGCACAACUUCAAUAGACGUGGCCUGGACUUGUCGUGCCUUCUCCUCAAUGGAACAUGGCGCAGAUGUUGAUGCCUUGAAACAGCCAAAAAGCUGCAUUAAAGGCGAUGAUCUCAACCAUGUUAAGCGUCUCAAUAUUUAUGAAUCCUAUAUGCUGCAAAUUCACGAUCGUUUCUACCUCAAAUAUUCCAUAUGUGAUAAACUAAUUAAAUACGUCGACUGGGAAGAGGAGCAAGCUGCUACCUACUUGGGAAUUUUCCAACGUCAACUAUUAGAACAAAAUCAAUCGAAUACGCCAAAUAAUUCGGGUUCAUUGGCAAACUUAGAGACUUUACCUGGUUCCAGUUCUCGCACUGUUCGCAAUCAACCUAAAUUCCGCCGCUUGUCCAAUAAACAGGGCAGUGGUGUGCGACUGGCCCGGAAGCAACAGGAUGAGAAUGAAUCGCACAAGGUCACCACCACAGCUGCAACAAAGGCACGAGCCUUUAGCAAUGAUGACACAUGGGAUUCGGUGGAUGAAGAUGAAUACGAUGAUGAUAUAACUGAUUUGCAAGAGGCCACAGAAAUUCCCGAAACUUGGACUGUUGCAGCCGAGGACAACACCAAACAGUUUGAGGUAACUGCAGUCGCAGCCUCUACCAAUGCCAUUUCAUCUGCACAAUCGCCAAAAAUUAGCACACGUUGUGCCAAGCGUAGAAAUGCGAAGAAAAAAAUGCGCAGUGUGAAGAAGUUGUUAACAGCGCCUUUCGUAAAAAAGGCAAAAGAUCCAAAAGAUGGUGAUGAGUUGAUAGUGGAAACACUUGUAGUUUUUAGCUCGGUUACUGUAGUAUGGCAGGAUGGUACUGUGGAGACUGGCAUUCACUCCACCCAAUUGUAUCCCAUUCAUCAUCUCGAUAACCAUGAGUUCUUUCCUGGUGAUUUUGUGAGCAAUGCCAAUGUGAACGGAACUGGACAGACCGACUAUGGUGUGAUACAGUCAGUGCAUCAUGAUGAGCGUACUGCAAAAGUAAAGUGGUUUAAUAUCUACUCAAAUAUGGAUAAUCCUGUUCCCUUCUGCAAGGAUACGGAAGAGCUUAGCGUUUAUGAUCUCAAAGAUCAUUCGGAUUAUCAAUAUCGGCCAGGCACCAUGGUGAUUCGGGUGUCAAAUUUCACUGGUGAAGACGCCGAUUCCACAGCAGGUCAGGUUAUUGAAAACUUUCCAGAUGGUCGAGUGCGUGUGUGGUGGGUAAAGGGCCACAUUACCAUGUGCUAUCCUCAAGAUUUGUUUGAGAUCAAUCAUAACGAUCAGGAUCAUGAAGCCUAUGAUUCAGAUGGUUCGGAAGACUCUUGGGAGACACAAUCGGAAAAUAGUCACGUUGAAUGCAGUUUGAAUAUAAGCGGCGCAAACAGUCAUGGAGUCAAUGGAGAAUAUAUUCUUGCUGGUCUCGUUCAAGUCAACGAAGCCCUAGGAAUGCAAAAGGAAAUUUUCCGUCUUCUGCCCAAUGAACGCAAGCCGGAAGUUCUGAUCGAUCUGUUAAAAUUAUAUAACAAUUGUCGCUUUUUAGAUUGCAUGCUCAAAACUAGUUUCUUUGACGAAGAGUACUUUCAGGGUAUCCUAAAGUUCAAAAAUGACACAAAGUGUACACCGAAUGUAUCGAAUGAGGAGGCAAAAAAAGAGGAUGAUGAGUCAACACACAAAGACACAUCAGCGCCAGAAAACAAUAUUGCUCAGUUCACAUCAACUCCAACUAAGCGAAAAUCAACAACCAAUUUAAAUGCGGUUCUUUGCAAAAAAUGUAGUCAGGUGGUUUCUCCCAAAUCGAAUUUAAAUGAGGUGGUCACGAAGGAAGAUUCGGAGAAUCAUACAGAACAAGAUACCACCAAUCAUAGUAUCAAUGCAAAGGAUGUGCACCAAUAUAGAUUGGAGUAUAAAAUCAUGUUAAACUUGGCACGAGGUAGCAUACUCCAAGCAUUUGUUGUAAACAGGCAGAUUAAUAAGAACGACUCUGGUGUUCAUUCACGUGGUGAAAACAGUUCAACGAAUCUUACCAGUCAAGCUAGCGACAGCAAAGAAACCUCUGAAAAUACAGAGUCUGAAAAGGAUGGUCCAACUUGGGAAGACCUUUUUAAGUCUGUUUUGGAUAAUCCUGUCGAGUUCUUGGCAGAUCGAAAUGCUGAUGUCUGUGAGGUCUUCCUUUUCCUUAUUAAAGACCAAAUUAGCAAAUGUCGUAAAUGGAUUGUGAAGACAUCCUACAAGGGCAGCGACAAGGAGAAAGAAGACGAUGACGAUGAUGACGACGAGGAAGUCAACGAAAUGGAAGAUGCAAUUGAAGAAACUGAUAUGGCAAAAGAGCAUCCAGUUACAGUUAUUGGAGAGGCAAAACUGGAUGUUGAAGUUGGUGGUGAGGUAGCCAUGGAUGAACAGCCGCUAAAUCUGAAUGCUCUCUGCGAAACUCUGUCACAAUUGGACAGUCCCAUGGCCUCUUCAUCGCCAUCCCACAAAAUUCCUACUUCUUCAGCGUCCAGUGAAGAAUCAUUGUUUGAGGUGUUACCCAUCGCUCCAGCUUCCCAUCAUUUUAUUAACAUGAAAAUAACGCCCACAUCUAAAGCACAAUAUCAGAGAGCUGUUCAGCGUGAAUAUCGCAUACUUCAAGCUUCCCUGCCGCCGGGUAUGGUGGUGCGCGCAUACGAGGAUCGUAUGGAUCUUCUCUCCGUUAUGAUGGUUGGUCCCAAGGGUACACCUUACCAGAAUGCAUUGUUCUUUUUUGACUUUCAAAUGGGAAAGGACUAUCCGAAAAAUCCACCCACCUGUCUCUAUGUCAGCUAUUGUACAGAGCGUCUCAAUCCGAAUCUCUACGAAGAGGGCAAGGUGUGCGUGUCACUGCUGGGCACUUGGUCGGGCAGAGAUACUGAAAUGUGGACAUCAGGUAGCACAAUAUUGCAAGUCUUAGUCUCCAUACAGGGUCUCAUACUGGUCGAUGAGCCCUACUAUAAUGAGGCGGGCUAUGAAAAGCAGCGCGGCACCCAGCUGGGCAAGGAAAAUUCACGCGUUUAUAACGAAAUGGCCAUUAUAAAAAUUGCUCACUCUACUGUUAAACAGUUGCAGAGACCGCCGCAUAUUUUCCAAAAGGAAUUGAUUGAGCACUUUAGUAAAUACGGCAACGAAAUUCAUGGUCGCAUGCAGGCAUGGGCCGACUAUUCAUCUGAGGCACAGCGUCUGAAAGUGCUUAGCACAAAGGACAUGCCAAACGAGUACCAAGAAAAAUGUGAAUUGCCCGAAUUUCCAUUGCUGCCUUGUAGUCGGGGAUUUUGUAUUGCAAUUAAGGGUGUUCUUGACCAAUUGCAGGAUGAACUGGCCACUAUUUGCAAUAAGGACAAGCCACUGACGACUGAACUGAAUACUACUGAAGCCGUUGCUGGUACAGCGCCACGUGCUGCUCCCGAGGAGGUCUGAUUGAUGUCUCAAUUUGUUUUUUAAUCUUAGCCUUCAAUAUUGGUGCCUCUAAAACUGAGAACAAAAAAAAAACAUUUUACGUUUUAUACAUAAUCUCAAAUGUUUAGAACAAUUUCCACUGCGCUCUAAUCCUACGGCUAAAUUAGUGUUUUAGUGACAAAAGGAGAAAACCCAAACUGAAGGUUUCGCAAAUUAAUUGCUUGAAACUUUCCAACUAAUUGUACUUAUACUUAGCCAGAAUUAUACUGAAAUAAUAAUAGGGUCUAGAAUCUACAUACAAUACAUAGUUAGCAUAAAAUGGUAUUUGGAAAUGAAUUUAUAAAUGUAAUUGUCGGUCAAAAGUUUUAUUAAUGUUAUGUGCAGGGAAAAAAAAAGAUAAUUGAUUUUAAGCCACAUUCGUGUGUAAUAAUUUAUGCAAAUCGUGUUGCUUCUCUUGAGGCGCAAACUAUCGAAUCUCCUAAGUUUAUUGUCAAAAUAUUUAUAUGUAUAUAUAUACUUUAAAAACGUGUCCUUAAUUGUAGUCAUUCCAUUUGAAAGUUAGCAAAAUCGUGGCACAUUCGCCCACAAACAUCACUUCUUGCCGCCUAUAUUAAGAUAGCAAAAACACUAUUAUAUAUAUAUAUAUAUUUACGUACAUAUGUGAAUAAAUUAGCAAUAUUUGUUUUAUUAUGCCUUCAA